UUCAGGAAGUUGUCUGUGGGGAAAAAGCCGUCGGUCUUCCUCGGUAGUCUGGAGGCUCGCCACCUCCCAUGUUUACCAUCGAUCUGACGGAGUCUGCUAGCCCGGUUUUCAGCUGGCAGCUUUUUACAUAAAUUAAAAAGCCUCCGUCUUUCUUUUGGAAAAGGGAACAAUGGAGGACGACUCAGUGUUCUACACCGACCGCAGCGGACGGAUCACCAGCAACCCGCUGCUGGACGAGCUGCCCAGCUACCAGUCCCUGCUGUACCGCAGAAAGCAGCCCAUCGCUGGCACCAAACGGAGAAAGGACUCAAGAGGGAGGUCGAGCCUCUCCGGCAGUCUGAAAAGGAGCGUGAGCACCAUCAACAGAAUCGAGGAGAGGCAGAAGAGUCAGAUGGAGCAGCGGGCCAUCAGAGAAUUACCCAUAUCCAUGGCCGAGAAACGUAGACACAAAGAAGAGCGCCUGGGAGAGCAUCAGGGUUUAAGCAGCUGGGGACAGUGGAGGCAAAACACGCGCAGGUCACUGAAAAGGCUGAGGGACGACGCGCGGGAGUUUUUUAGCUCCAUGAAGCUCUGGAGGCGGGACAUCCACCAGAUAGAGGGGAUGUUUGGGACAGGGAUCCUGUCCUACUUCUCCUUUCUGCGCUUCCUGGUUGCGCUCAACCUGAUCAUUUUUCUGCUCAUGUUCAGCUUGGUCAUGCUUCCCAUCAUCGUCGCCCCCCACGCGUCAGGAAACGUCACCUACAACCAGCGCGACGGGGGUAAUUGCAGCAUCUAUCCGAGCACCGCUCGCAGGGGCCUCGUCAACUUUCACCAGCAUAUUUCAGACCUGCUCUCUGGCGAGGGCUUUCUGGAACAGACUUUGCUUUUCUAUGGCUACUACAAAGUGGACAAAAUCCACUUUCCAAAAGUGAAUUCCACGUACAACUUGGCGCUGGCUUAUCUCCUAGCAACUGUGGCGUACCUUCUCCUAAGUCUCUUCUGGAUUGUUAAAAGGUCUGCUACCGGAUUCAAGCGCCACCUGGUCCAGGACGAGGAUCGCUUUCAAAGCUUUUGCAACAAGAUCUUUGCGGGCUGGGAUUGCUGCAUCAGCAACGAGAACGCGGCAAAGCUGAAGAGAAGCAGCCUGCUCUACGAGCUCAAGACUGAUUUGGAGGAGGAGAGGAUCAAGCAGAAAAUAGCGGAACGAACCAGAAAGGAUAAGUGUCGUAUUUAUUUCCUCCGCGCCAUCCUCAACCUUUUUGUCAUCGGGGUGCUGGCCGCUUGCUUCUACGGCAUUUAUGUUGCCACCAACCUCUCCCAGGAAGCAGAAAUCAAUAAAACCAAGGUGAAUUUCAUCACGGAUCUCAUCUAUGAGUACCUGCCCUCCAUAGUGAUCACCUUGGCCAACUUCAUCACUCCGCUCCUCUUCUCUGUCAUCAUCAACUAUGAAGAUUACUCACCCGCCUUUGAAAUCCGCUUUACUCUCAUGAGGUGUGUCUUCAUGCGGUUGACCAGUAUUGGCGUUUUGCUCUUCUCUCUCUGGUCUAAGAUCACCUACUGUGGCAGGGAUAAAUCCUGUGGCUGCGGCUACAACCAUGAACUCUACUCAUGCUGGGAGACCCGUGUGGGCCAGGAGAUGUACAAACUCACCAUAUUUGACUUCAUCAUUAUAGCGGCAGUCACCCUCUUUGUGGAGUUUCCUCGAAAGCUGAUAGUAAAGUACAGUCAGUGUGGCCUGGCUAAGUGGUGGGGCCAGCAGGAGUUUGCUAUUCCUCAAAACGUGCUGGAAAUAGUCUACGGUCAGACCAUCUGCUGGAUCGGCACCUUCUUCUGCCCUAUGCUUCCUGCCAUCUGCACCAUCAAGUACUUCUUUAUCUUCUACAUUAAGAAGGUGUCGUUGAUCAAAAACUGCCGUCCAGCCACGCGGCCGUUUCGGGCGUCCAGCUCCCACUUCUUCUUCCUGGUUGUGUUGCUGAUCGGCCUGUUUCUCGCCAGCCUGCCCAUCGCUGUCAGCUUAGCUCAGAUAAGCUGUUCGAAGGCGUGCGGACCGUUCGUCAACUACACCACCUCCUGGGAGGUUCUUCCAGUGACGGUAUCGCAGAUGCCAGAAGGAGCCAAAAAGCUCCUCUUCGCGCUCUCAUCGGAGGCCUUUGCUGUCUCUUUCUUUGUUGUUACAUGUCUGGCCAUGUUUUAUGUGAUUGCACUUGCCGGAGCUCACAAGAGAGUCAUUAAUCAACUGAGGGAGCAGCUAGCUACGGAGGGCCGGGACAAACGCUUCCUGAUCCAGAAGCUAUGCCAGGCGCAGAACAACCAGCCGGUCAAACGGUCCAAAUUCCAGCCCAGGAGUCCCAGGAGUCCCAGCAGCCCGAGCUACCACACCAGCUUCUCCAGCAAUGUCAGCGAGUCGGUGUUCCUCGCACAUUCUCCACCUAAGUCCUCCACUCAUGUGUGAGGCUUGGAGAUGAUAUUCCCCCAGACUGGACAAACAUAAGGGAGUUAAACCAAUUUGUUUUGUUUUUUUACUUUAUAUUGUUUUUACUUUUCUAUUGUUUUUCUUUUACCAUAAUAGCACUAAAGCGUGUGUGUUUCUGUGGAUCUGCUAAUAUGUCCUGUCCCUUUUUGGUGUUGAUUUUUUUUUUCUGACUAUGUCUAAAAAUAUUUCAUAAAAAAUAAACUGUUGUGCUUUUUCUUUAAACUUUUCCUUCUGAGAAGGAAUUCAUUUAACCUUAAUGUAUUGAUCUUCUUUAAAAAAAAAAGCACCUUUAGAUGUGAUGCACUUUAAGAGUUUUAUUGUUCCUUUCUUUCCCCAAUACAAUCUCUGUUUGUAUCGUUUGCUUGUUUUUAUAUUCAUUAUACAGUUACAACUGUGCAGUAAACUAAUAAAGUUGCAUUGUCUGAACUAUA